UCAAUUAAGAAAGGCACAAACCUUUCUAUUCUGAUGAUGGUGGCGGUGGCUGGGCUAAGUGUACGGUGCUAUACAGCUAUAGUGGAUGUGGUCAAGAAGACUCAAGGUCAAGACAGCUUCCUAGUUUUAGAUCGUGUUGUGUUGUUGGGGGUUCCUGUCUUCCACUCACUCCUUUCUCGGCACAUAAAUAAUCCUUAAAAACAUGUUUUUUCUUUUGUCUUAGCCUUACCCUUACCCCUUUUGCACUUCUUCUUCAAACUGCUUUCUGCUCAUUCAGGUGGCCUGCACUAGCUGCUUGAAGAAGACAGAAUCAGGGGUUUCCGAGUUAGUUAAGCAAAGCAUGAUGAAACGGCUUCCAAGUAGGAGUAAUAGAUCCAAAGGCAUCAGGGUAAAACAUGUUCUGCAAAUUGUUCUGUUGCUUGGUGUUUGCUUCUGGUUAAUCUACCAGGUUAAGCACAAUCAUGAUAAGAAGAAGGAAUAUGAUGAGAAUGAUGAAAAGUUAUUGGUCCAAACACAGGCAAAUCAGAUUUUGAAACUUGGUAGGAAAGACCUUCAUCCAGUUAAGGAUGAAGUAAAUCGGAAUGAAAAGCGUGAUGAAGAAGAGGAGGAUGAAAAUGUUGUAGAGGAUGUAGUAAAUAAACCUGAACCGACUUAUGAAGAAGACGACGAUGAAGGAAGCAAGAAUGAAACUGAAGAAAGUGAAGACAACAAGCAUGAGGUGAGAGAUCAGAGGGAAGAAGAAAAUAAGCUCGAUGCCGAAGAACAACAGGAGGAAGAUGAAAACAAAAGUGAAGAGAUGGAAGAUGAAGGAAGAGGAGUAGGAGAUGAUGAGAUAGAUGAAAAUGAUCAAGAGAAAACAGAGGUGGGUACAGAUCAUGAUGAAGAGUUUGUGGAUGAAGAGAAAGAGAAAGAGAAAGAAGAAGUUGAUGAAAAGGAAAAUGAAAACGGCGAGGGUGAGGGUGAGGGUGAGGGAAAGGGGGAAUUAGUUGAAAACCACAACACCCGUGAAGCUCGAGAGGAACAUUACAAGGGAGAUGAUGCUUCUAGUGCUGUAACUCAUGAUGCUCAUACAACUAAUACUGAAACUGAGGCAUUGAGUUUGGGAAACUCUGAUGUAAACUUAGUCACUAAUAAAACAAAACCCGAAAAUGAGGCGACUUAUUCAGAUGAAAGCAACAGCAAUCAAAAGGAUUCAGAUUUGAAGGUUACAGAAGGUGAUCUGACUCGCAAUCCUUCAAAUGCAACUUCUGGUAUAGAGGGUGGAAACAACACUCUGUCCAAUCCAGUGGAUAGCUCAAAUCUGAACGACACGGCCACAACAAACUCCAACAACCACUUGGAAGCAAGCAGUAACUUGAGUGGUGCUGGUGUCGACACUUUGAGUUCAUCUGAUCAGAAUAAGACACUGAUUCUAUCUGAAUCAGACCAUUCUCAAAAUUCUACCAGGAACACAACCAUUUCCGGUGAUGACAGAGUCCAAACAGAUGGGUUAGUGCAGAGUGAUAACAGAAACAAAGUCUCUGAAGAGAACCUGCAUGAUUCCAAUGCAACAGCCACUGUUAAGACCGAAAAUGGAGACACUUCUGCAGGAGAAUCCUUAACUCUAGGCAGGGGUGAGUCAGAGAAUGCAAGAUUGUUGGCAUCGAAUGAAACUGGGAACGGUUCAAGAAAUGAAAUCUCUGAUGUCUCUGAGGGUGACAACCCCGAAGGUAACUCUGGCUCCAAGGAUGAGAUUUUUAAAGGUGACAGCCAAACGGAUGAAAUGUCAGAUGAGUCCUCUGCCAAUGGUACUUCGGAUUCAGUUGAUGGCAUUGAUUCCUCGGAUGACGCGAAGUUUCGAACGGAUCUUGAUACAUUGCCAGAUUUCAGAAAUGAAGGAGAAAAUGGUGAUGAAAUAGCAGCAGAGUAAAUUGGCAAAAAAAAGAAGAUAGCUGUUUGAGUUUUUGUUGUGAGCCUGGUGCUUGCAUUGCACUUUGCAGAUCCCACGUAGUUGUUAGAACCUCGUUGCUUGAGCAGAAAAUGUGUCAAUAGAAACAUCCAGAGCUACAAACUUAGUUUUACUAGACAUUUGUGUGAUAUGUCUAAUUUGUUUAUGCUGUUCUUGAUUUCCUUCAUUUUGUGCUAACUUCUUGUCAUGUUAUUCUUUCGAUAAUUACAUCUUGCUA